UAGUUCAUUGUUGUCGUUUGCAGACGGGCGAAAAUAAUAAUAAUAGUUAAUGGCGCCACAAAAGAAAGCAGCUGCGAUAUGGCUGCUGCUGUUUCUGCAAAGCACUGCCACUGUUUUUAGCGAACGAACGCGCGAUAAAAUGUACGAGCCAAUUUUAGGCGCCAGCUGCUUUCGACGCUUGAACGGCACACAUCAAACUGGCUGCUCCUCCACCUACUCGGGAUCAGUUGGCGUGCUGCAUUUGGUUAACGUCGAUGCGGAUUUGGAAUUCUUGCUCAAUAGUCCCCCGUCGCCGCCAUAUGCGCCUCUGAUCCGCCCACAUCUGUUUACGCGCGCGAAUCUGCUCCGCCUGAAGGAGGCCGGUCCAAAGAUCAUAUCCGUUGUGCUGCUCAUAAAUCGCACCGACAAAAUGAAACAAUUCUCGCAUGAGCUCAAUUGUCCCAAUCAGUAUAGUGGCCUCAAAUUGAACCGGAGCAUGAGCGAGACGGCAACAUGUGAUGCCAGUGGCAAUGUGGCCAACACCUGGAAUCGUUGGGGCACUGGCCUGCUGCACGAGGAUUUCCCCUUUCCCAUAUACUACAUCGGUGAGGACAAGGACAUUUUCAAGCUGGAGGAUUGCUUCGAGAAGUUCAACAAUUUCAAUUAUGAGUCGCAUGCGCUGCGCAGCCUUUGUGCCGUCGAAGUCAAGGCGUUUAUGUCGGCCGCCGUUAACUCGGAGGUAUGCAUACGACGGACGAACUUCAUCAAUAAUCUUGGCGGCAGCCGCUACUGUGAUCCCAUGGAGGGUCGCAAUGUAUAUGCCACAUUGUACCCACGUAAUGCGUCCGAGAAUGUUGAAGUCAAUGUUGCAGGCAGCGAGAAGUUCAUCAUUGUCUCCUGUCGUCUGGACACGACCAGCAUGUUCGAUGGAUUGGGCAUGGGUGCGAUGGGUUCGCUUGUUGGCCUGGCAAUUCUGACGCAGGUGGCGCAUAUGCUGCGCCUGCUUCUGCCCUCACCGGGUGCACUGAGUGAUCGCCAGAGGAAUGUACUGUUUGUGGUAUUUGAUGGCGAAUCUUAUGAUUACAUUGGCUCGCAACGAUUCGUUUACGAUAUGGAACAUUUGGCAUUUCCCUCGCCCUCCACACACACUGCUCCCAUUUCGUUGGAGAACAUUGAGUUUAUUCUCGAUAUUGGUGCGCUCGACGAUGUAGCAAACAUAAAGCUGCACACGCUGACCUCAACACCGCUGGCCAAUCAAUUGCUGCAACAGCUCAAUCGAUAUGCGAAGAGUCCACGCUACAAUUUCACCGUCAACAUUGAGUCCAAUGUCGGCUAUCAUAUUCCGCCGACAUCGGCGCAAUCUUUUUUGCGUUACGAUCCCAAAUUACCGGUGCUAAUCCUAAACUCAGUGCCUAGCAACAGGUACUAUCAUUCCAUCUACGAUGAUCUGGAGAAUGUGGAAUUUACGUAUGCCAAUGCCAGCAAGGAUUAUACAACUCUGGCCGAUAUCGGCGACACAGCGAAUAUCUUCAACAGCAGCGCCCUGCAAAUGGGGGUGCGCAAUGUCUCCUCGAUUGUGGCGAUGACACUAUAUGAGAUCUUGUCGGGCAAGCAGUACCAGGGCAGCUUGGUGGCAAAUCCAUUGUUGGCCGAUGAGUUCUUCUACUGUUUCCUGCAGUCUUCCGAUUGCCCGCUGUUCAAAGCUGCCUCCUCUCCAAAUAGUCCAGCAGGUCCACAGCAGCCCCCUAUGCGCUACAUUAGUGUGCAAGGUGGUUCGCAGGAGUCGUCGGGUUGGACAUAUCGCAUGCUUGGCUAUUUGCUCUCGCAUCCUCAGCCAGCUGUGUCCAAGGAAAAUUGUACUCAAUUGCCACUGUUCUUUUUUGCCGGAUUAAAUGGCACCGGCGAGUGUCGACUGACAACGCAGAAUUACACACAUGCCCUGAGUCCGGCAUUUCUGAUUGACAGUAAGUAUACGGAGAUACUCACUGACUGCAAUUUAACGUUGAUCUUUGAUCUUUGUUUUGCAGACUAUGAUUGGCGUUCAGGUGAUUACUCAACGUGGACUGAAUCAACGUGGUCGCUGCUGAGCGCACGCAUCUUUUUACGUCCGUCCAAUGUGCAUGAGAUAACCACUCUAAGCAUUGGCAUUGUCGUUUUCAUAAUAUCCUUCUGCUUGAUAUAUAUUAUCAGUUCGCGUUGGGAGGUCCUUUUCGAGGAUGUGCCGGCAAGCAACGCGGCAUUAUUUAAUUGAUGUUUUUCAACUGUUUGGCCCUUCAACAAAAAAAAAAGAAAAAAAACAAGCUGUGCAUGCAAAUCUCACUUCAAAAUACUAAGAGCAGUCCGAUUCGCUCAUAAUUAAUUUAUUUAUAAAUAUUAACAUCGCUUGACUUGCAAUUCUAGUUUGCCAACGCCAACGCCUUGUUAGUGGCAGGACACGCCAAACACAGAAGCACAUGAAUUAUUUCAUGGGAGUGAAAGCUGCAAGAGGGCAAGUAAAAUUAAUCGCAGACAGGAAGAAUGUGCGCUUGAUUCUGAAAUAACUAUUGUAAUUACACUGUCUAGAACGACACACAAGAAGAUAGGUUUCUUUUUUUUUAAUAUUCUUGAUCUUGUAUGAUAUAGACUAAAAUACGCAUAUACAAGCCAAAUGCCCACGAUAUCGUAAAACCUCUAACGAAAAGACACUACAUUGAUAUUCCAAUUAGUUACGUUAAGAACGCGUAAAUAAAGAUUUAUUUAUAUGUA